AUGCCUGAGGUUGUUGGUUCCUCGCUGACGAUGUUCGCGGACGACACCAAGCUGUACUCCACGGUAGCCUCUACUCUCGCUGCGUCUAGCCUCCAGUCUGACCUCGAGGCUCUGGUCAACUGGGCGGACGCCUGGCAACUCCCCUUCAAUGAGGCGAAGUGUAAGGUCAUGCACCUCGGACGAAACAACCCAGCAAAGCAGUAUGUGAUGAGAGACUCUGAGAUGAGCGUCGUGCGGGUGGAGAAGGAUCUGGGCGUGCAAGUCGAUGACGAGCUGAAGUUCAGACAACAUGCUUCAGCAGCCGUAGCCAAGGCCAACCAGAUUCUCGCUGUGAUUCGUCGCUCAUUCGUGCUGAUAAACGAGUGCACGCUGCCGCUGCUUUACAAGUCCCUGGUGCGCCCUCACCUCGAGUACGGCAACCUCGUGUGGGGCCCUUUCAACAGGGCGGACCAGAAGCUGGUGGAGAGG